GCUCUCUCGCUACCCGCGAGUCGGAAGCCUCCGCGAUGAGCUGGGCGCUGCUCCUUUGGCUGCUGGAGCUGUGCUCCCUGCUCUUGGUGUUGGCGUUGCUGCUGUGCUUCCUGCGGGCAGAUUGCGACCUGACAUUGAUGUGGGCCAAGUGGCAGGGGCGACGCCCAGAAUGGGAGCUGACGGACAUGGUGGUGUGGGUGACUGGAGCAUCAAGUGGCAUUGGCGAGGAGUUGGUUUACCAGUUGUCUAAAUUAGGAGUUUCUCUUGUGCUAUCAGCCAGAAGAGUGCAUGAGCUGGAGAGGGUAAAAAGAAGAUGCCUGGAGAAUGGCAAUUUAAAAGAAAAAGAUAUCCUGAUCUUGCCCCUUGACUUGAUGGAUAGAAGUUCCCAUGAGGUGGCAACCAGAACUGUUCUCCAGAAGUUUGGUAAAAUUGACAUUCUGGUCAACAAUGGUGGGAGAUCUCAGCGUUCUUUGUUUAUGGAAACCAGCAUAGAUGUCUUCAAGGAGCUAAUGGACCUUAACUACUUAGGGACAGUGUCCUUGACUAAGUGUGUUCUACCUCAUAUGAUGGAGAGGAAGCAAGGGAAGAUUGUGACUGUGAACAGCUUUGCGGGAAUUACAUCUGUACCCCUUUCCAGUGGCUAUUGUGCCAGCAAGCAUGCUCUUCGGGGUUUUUUCAAUGCUCUCCGAUCAGAACUUGCCAGCUACCCAGGCAUAUCAAUUUCUACCGUGUGCCCUGGACCUGUGCAGUCAGAUGUCGUGAAGAAUGCCCUAACUGAGGAAGUCACAAAGACUGUAGUAAAUGAUGGGGACCAGUCUCACAAGAUGGCAACUAGUCGCUUUGUACAGCUGAUGUUGAUCUCCAUGGCCAAUGAUCUGAAAGAAGUUUGGAUUGGCGAUCAACCUUACUUGCUGGCAGUAUAUAUAUGUCAGUAUAUGCCAACCUUUGGCUGGUGGUUAAUCAGCAAACUUGCGAAGAAAAGGAUUGAAAACUUUAAGAAGGGUGUGGAUGCAGAUUCCUCUUAUUUUAAAGUCUGGAAGAGAAAACAUGACUAAAAGAAGCAUUUGGAAGUUUUCAACUGGAGAACCACAACAGUCAUAUACACAGAAGACCAGUAUAAGACUAAUUUAUGAUU